AUGACCUCUGGCAGCCGACCUUCAGUCAACCCGCAGCACCCGCAGCGCCCGCUCCUCGACAAAGGCGUCAAGCGAGAGUUCGUUUGGAAGGUUGGUGAGGAGCUUCAGGCACUUGGUACCAGGCCGGAUGGCUAUACCAGAAGCGUCCGAUUGGAGCUGAAAUAUCUCCUCUGGAGAGUGAUGGAAGACUUCACUCGACAGCCCCUGAUGCAUCAAACUGCCAACAAUCCCUUCAACAGCGCCCCUAUUCUGGCUGCUUGGCUCAUCCCCAAGCUCGAGAUGUGGCUCCACGCGCACAUGGAGUUCCGCUUCAUUCUCCUGCAGUACGAUGAGGAGCACUUGGGCACCGUGCUGGCACUUCGAGCUGCUAUUAGUGAGAACAUGUUCAAGAUUGCCGGUAUCAUCGACACUGGUGACUCCAUUCCCCCUGCUCCGCACUCCCCUCGCCCCAACCGAUCCGGUUCUUCUAGCCAGUCUUUGGAUGGCACACCAGCCCACACGGUGAUGGAGCCGUCCUGCUGCCGACCUCCGUCUUUCUCGCGGGUCAACUACCUCCUGACAUGCUCGGCCACCGAGGCGGAGCACGCCAUCUUCGUCUACUCGAUCUGGAAGCAUCUUAUUAGAGGCUCCCAGUACUACAUCCCGUUGCAGCCGCCUCUCCCAAGAAGCAGCAGCCAGAACCCCAUCCGGGCCUCGAGCCCUCCGCCGCCUCUGCCGUCUCAGGCGAGCAACAUCAUCGCGCAGUAUGCGGCUUCCUACUCCUCCUCGUCCUACUCGGCGUCUGUCCGUUCGUCUCUUCCCGCGGCGAGCCCCCCGGUGUCACCUAGCGUGCCGUACUAUCCUGGCACCAUGACGCCUGUGUCGCAAAACCCCGUAACUGGAGAGCCGGAGAUGAACCAGCCGCGCUCUGCUGCCAUGACACUGGCGGCAACGCAGUCUGGUUCGCAGCCAGAGCUCCCCAUGCUGAUUUUACCGCAGCAGCUGCUGAGACAGCAACGAGCUCGCUCGACUUCAACAGCACCCCAGUACGUCCAGCAGCAGCGACCCUCGUCUCCGACAGCUUCCGUCACCUCGCGGGUCUCAGCCGCCGAGACGGUCCGCACAUCGCGCACCGGACGGACCCUGCACUCCAUUGCUAAGGGCAGCAGCAGUGGCGGGCGCCGUGCCGGCGGCGGCGGCGGCGUGGUGGGCCGCGAGGACGUGCAGUCGAUCCUGACGGUCGACCUCGAGGACGACGGCGAGUUCGAGUCCGAGGAGCGGCGCCUCAUGCCCAUGUUCGACGAGGCGGAGGCCGGCGGCACCGGCAAGACGGUGCGGCCCAAGCCCAGCAGCAAGAAGGCACUCAAGAUGCUCGGCCUAGCCUAG